AUGACCACCUACAUCUUCUUCCCAGAUUGGCCACCCGAUUCAGCAAGAAUGACCGUUCUUCGUGUGUGGAUCAACUAUCUUCAACCAAAUAAUGGGAAAAAUCCAGGCGAUGGGGGGAUCGUUUCGAAAGCUAUUUUUCGUAUCAACGUAAGCGCUGCGACUUUGACCCUAGCGGAAUCGUUCUAUUUCGAACAAACGCCUCAAUAG